AUGAUUCUUUGUUCAUUAUCAUGUCGAUUCCUCACAAUCGCUCUUUGUGAUGCUGCGGAACCAUGGCAAUUAGGAUCUCAAGACGCAGCAACACCUAUGAUGCAAGGAAUCAUUGACUUACAUCACGAUAUCUUUUUCUUCCUCAUUCUUAUUUUGGUUUUCGUAUCACGGAUGUUGGUUCGCGCUUUAUGGCAUUUCAACGAGCAAACUAAUCCAAUCCCACAAAGGAUUGUUCAUGUAACUACUAUCGAAAUUAUUCGGACCAUAUUUCCAAGUGUCAUUCUUUUGUUCAUUGCUAUACCAUCGUUUGCUCUGUUAUACUCAAUGGACGGGGUAUUAGUAGAUCCAGCCAUUACUAUCAAAGCUAUUGGACAUCAAUCUUCACUGAUAGUAGGCGUGGAGAGCUUUUUGCGGGGAAACUUGCAAGUCAAGUUUGGGGGGAGGCGGGCGUCGACCCAACCUUAUGAGUAUUCGGACUAUAACAGUUCCGAUGAACAGUCACUCACUUUUGACAGUUAUACGAUUCCAGAAGAUGAUCUAGAAUUGGGUCAAUCACGUUUAUUAGAAGUUGACAAUAGAGUGGUUGUACCAGCCAAAACUCAUCUACGUAUGAUUGUAACACCCGCUGAUGUACCUCAUAGUUGGGCUGUACCUUCCUCAGGUGUCAAAUGUGAUGCUGUACCUGGUCGUUCAAAUCUUACCUCCAUCUCGGUACAACGAGAAGGAGUUUACUAUGGUCAGUGCAGUGAGAUUCGUGGAACUAAUCAUGCCUUUACGCCUAUCGUCGUAGAAGCAGUGACUUUGAAAGAUUAUGCGGAUUGGGUAUCCAAUCAAUUAAUCCUCCAAACCAACUAAACCGGGGAAGCUGAAGCGGAAAUGCAAUUCUCGGGUGAGGGAAGGGGGAAGCUCCAGGAAGGCUUCGCUCGCUCGCUCAAAAAG